CAUAUACACUGAAGGCUUGGUUGAUGUCUGUGUGUGCUGGCUGCCUGAGGAGGACGUCAUUAGGGUGCUUCAGGGGAUCUCGUCUUACCUGUAGUUUAGUAACGCUAUAGAAAACGAUAUAACUUAAUUUUAUACGUAAAAAUGACGGAAGAUGAUAACUGGGAUGAAGAUUUGGAAGAAGACGCCGCGAUAGCAAGAGUCUUCCAACACUUGAAUAUCCACAAACAACUUAUUGGGGAAUCGGGUCUUAAUUCUGAAGUACGGCCAUCAAAUGAAAGAGUGGACUUUGUUGCAUUGCCCUGUGGUCAUCGAAUGCCGACAGACUAUGUUGUUGCCUGGUUCAAGUAUUAUCUUAAACAGAAAAAUACUGAAUUUUCCUGCCCUCGCUUUAAUGUUCAGGGGAAAUCCUGCAGUGUAAAUCUCUCUUAUCAGGACAUCUGUCGGCUGAUACCACUGACAGACAAACAACGGGAAUUCAUAGAGGAGAAUCUCGCUGCUCUCGUUGCUAGAAGACUGUUUGACUUUAAAGCCUGUCCAGGAUGUCAGUCUCAUGUAGAAAGACGAGAUCGAGGUAACCUUUGUGCACACUGCACUAUCUGCACGGCCAACCUGAAACGAAAUUACUACUUCUGCUGGAACUGCCGCAGGGAAUGGAAGGGGCCGGCCAAUAAUUCUGGGCGGUGUAACAAUAAUGGCUGUGGACAGAGAGUGAGAACUUCAGAUCCACUUAUACCAUGCAAACCUGAGUUUAAAAAGAAAAUGCUUCAAGAAAAGGGAGACGAUAUAUACCCAAUAAAAGACAAAUCUACUGACAGAAAACGUUUGGCACUGCUUAUCAACAAUGUAGAAUUUAAAAACUUAAGUGACAGGACCGGGGCAGACAAGGAUGAGCUGAGUAUGGAAGUGCUGCUUAAAGGUCUGGGUUACACUGUGAUCACACUCAGAGACCUCAGUGCACAGGGUAUGCUUGCUGCCAUGCGAGACUUUGCCCAGCGAGAGGAACACACUGAAUCAGACAGCUGCUUUGUGGUGUUGAUGUCCCAUGGAGAUGCCAGUGGAAUCUGUGGGGUUUUUGACUCUUUCGAGAAUGAAGAUGAAGAGGACGUUUUUCAAGUAGAUGACAUUUUUAAUUGCUUGAACACUCCGAACUGUGCUAGAUUGAGGGACAAGCCAAAAAUCAUCCUUAUCCAGGCGUGUAGGGGUGAGCCUCAUCCAUUUCAAGCAACAUUCUUUGGCAAAUGCUGUCCUCAUGUUAUAGAUAAAGAAGGCAGUGUGGAUGUCCAGGACAGUGUGCCAAGACGCAACAGAGCAAAAGAGCACCGUGAAAAAGACUUCUGCUGCCUGAGAUCCUGUACUCCAGAUACUGUGUCCUACAGAAACGAAGAGAAAGGCUCACAUUUCAUCCAAGACAUUGUGGAAAUAUUUAAUCAGCAUGCCCACCAGGACGACAUCGAGGAGCUCUUCAGAAAGGUCCUUAAGAAGUUUAAGAUGUCACAUCCUGAUCAAAUGCCAUGCAAGGAAAGAACAACAUUAUCUAAGAAAUUCUACCUCUUUCCUGGGUUGUAGGACACAGCAACCACAACUUCUGACCUCAUUAACAUGAUUUAUUUUUUUAUUUUAUUGUCAUCUCAGGAAUUCAUGUUUGAAGAAAACAAGGAUUUAUUGACAUUUUAAUGAGUUUGCAUGUUCAUAUUAUCCUUGAUUAUAAAGUAAACAGAUUUAGCUUGUUGUCCAGCUCGAAACUUGACUCCCCCCCCCCCAACCCAGAAUUCUUUACAAAUAAAGUUAAAAACAAUUGAUUAAAGGAUUGAUACAAUCAAAUGAGCUAGCUUUAUAAAUGUAUACUUAAGUAGGUUUUUCCAUGUUAAACUAUACUAUUUUCCUACAAUUUAUUUGAAAAAGAAAAGUGGACAAGGAUAUUGAAAUAUUAUUUAUGAAAUAUUAUGACCAUAAAAUCAAGAAAGUAAACAUCUGGAUAUUUUACUGUGAACACGAUGUAUUAAAUUUUUAUUCAUUUUAUUUACUGCUUUGUUCAGUUUGUUUAAAUUAUAAAUAAAUUCUGAACAGUUUACAUGCCAAAUUGCAUAAUUUAUGUCUUCAUGUUAGUUUGCUAGAUCUGCUGACCUAGAUAGAACCAGAUAUAAUUUCUUGUAACCACUCAGCUGUAAAGUUAGACUUCCUCAAAUGUAAAACCGAAACCAGCAACACUGUGAUCCCUGAAAAACACGUUUGUUGAAAUAAAGCUGUGAAGCUG